AUGCCUCCUUUGCCUGGAGAGACUUUGCUUCUCAACAUCUUUACAGAUGUACGCACCUACUUCAACCAGCCUGCGUCGAAGCCUGUCCACCAUCGCUUUGACAAGGGCUCGUAUCUGUACCUCUACUACAAUUCUAUUCAGCGUCGGGCACGUCUUGAGAUAGCCAAUUCUGCUGGUACUCCGGACCAGGAUGCUUUCAAUGGCUACUUGGAUCACGCCAUGGUGACCAACACAUACAAGCAUCCAAACCUGUUCACCAUGACUGUCGAAGGUGUCAAGCAUGGUGGCACUUCACCACGUCCCGCAGAUCACUCACACUGGCACCUUCCAGCCUUUGGCCUCACACAUGAACAUAAGUACUUGUACAAGAUUCACACUCUGGAUCUUUACUUAUGGACCACAAACGACGCCAUGAAGCUGCUGGAUCUGAUCAAACGUAUCACGCCUCAUCAAAACCUCGACAUCACUGAGGCAGCACCACCUCCAGAGCAUGAUGGUAGCAUGAGUCCAGUAGUGCAACAGCUGGAGAAUAUGGCAAUCCAUACACCUCCUCACGCUCGAGCUCCAAGCGCCGUUUCGGACUUUUCGAGCCAGAGUCGACAUGGCCACACACCUGAAGGUCAGAGGACGGUCUCUCUGCAUUCAGCUCUGGCAUCUACACCGUCGUCGGCGGCUCAAGUGGCACCAUACAAUCCAGCAGCACCUGCAGCUCCUGAGCCUAUCGCCCAUCGUGAAAAGACGCCGCCACCCAUAGAUGCAGGCAGCGGGACUGGGCUAGCAGCUGCCGCAACACACGAGCAGCCUGGUGCACAGUACCACCAGGCGAUACCACAAAGCACAUUCCCUGGUCCACCACAGCGGGCGACGAGUCUGGGCUCUUUCCCACCUCCACCACCUCUCGCAGCACACUCACCACACCCUGGUCUACAGACUGCACACUCAUUCGCAGGACCUCCGAGCAGUUCGCAAAGUAGUACGCCGCAACAGCAGCAUGCUCACGCACAGUAUGCAUCCUAUCCACAACAGCAGCCGGCACACUAUCCACAAUCUCCAGGAUUUCAAAUGCACACACCUCUCCAGUCGCCAGGUGUAGCAAACACACCAAGUCAGCCACCAGCAUAUGGCAUGCACACACCUCUGCAAUCACCAGGCUUUGCACCACAGCAUACACCUCAAUCGCCAGGCCUGCCUUCGUCUCCUCUUGGAGGCUUCUCGAACUACACGUAUGGACCACAGUCGUCACAGCCAACACUACCGACUGAAGCGUAUGCGGUGCACACCCAAGCGUACAGGCCUACAGAGCAGGAAGCAGCGCAUGGACAUGCACCCAAGGUACAGGCACAGGGGACACCAAAACCUGGAGGAUUCGAGGAGAGGCUGAAGAAGACGGAGAAGGGAGUAGGAAGAUUUUUGAGGAAGUUGGAUCAGAAGAUGUAG